GCAGUGGCCUUCUUGACCGUUGAAUCAUGAGGCUCUUCCUAGUGAGCAGUCUCUUGUUGAUAGGCCUGGCCGCCACCGCGUUGGCCACGGUUCACGAGGAUUUAGAUAAGCUCUUCAAGAAAGACAAGGACGACGAUUACGACGAUGAUGAUUAUGAUGAUGAGGCCUACCCACCGAUCCUUCCCUUGUACGGCGGCGCAGCUUAUGGAGGAUACGCACCGCCAUACGGCGCAGCAGACUAUGGUGCUGCACCCUACGGACUUCCUGCAUACGGUCUAGCGCCGGCUGGUUACGGCGCCGGUCUAACUCUGGUACCCUUGCCCGAGAAGAAACUCAAGAAACUCAAACCCAAGAAGGGCAAGAAGCUGAAAAAGACCAAGAAGACUUCUUUCAUAACUGUGUACGCACCUCCGUACGGAGCACCACCACCCUACGGGGCGCCACCCCCACUAGUCGCUCCACCUCCCUACGGAGCGGCACCCGCCUAUGGAGCGCCGCCCGCCUACGGGGCAUUACCAGCGUACGCGGCGUUGCCAGCCUACGGAGCAUUACCAGCCUACGGAGCGUUGCCAGCCUACGGAGCGUUGCCAGCCUACGGAGCAUUGCCGGCCUACGGCGCACCACCAGCCUACGGCGCAGCACCGGCCUACGCACCAGCACCAGCACCAGCAUACGCAGGAGGCUACGGUGGGUUGGCUUACGGCGGAGCUGCUUACGGAGGAGGCUACGGCGGAGACUCUUAUGGAGCUCCUUAUGGGGGCGACUAUGACUCUUUCGGGGUCGCUAAGAGCUACCCGGCCAAAAGUAGCGCGUACGGAGCCGCGAAAGGCUACGGAGGGGGGUCGAAAAGCCACGCUGGUGGAUCUUAUAGUGGCGGCGCUGCGAAGUACGCCGGAGCGAGCUACUCCGGUAAUGCAGCGAGUUACGGUAAAUCGAGAGGGGGCGACGUCUAUUUUCCCGUUGGGAGCUCGAAAAUCAUUCCCUAUCGCUCCCUCGAGGUACUGAAGUGUCGACUUUUCUUCUAGGUGGAGCAGCGUACUGAGCCAGACAUCGGGAAAAUCAUUUCGAAAUUGAAUAAACGUGGAAACUGUGA